AUGUGUUUGGAAGCUGCCAAGUUGGCCGAGUGCCACGUCUUUGUGGUCGGUCUCAAGGACGGCUACGACACGAUCAUAGGGCAGCACGCGGUCGUCAACCUCAGUGGCGGCCAGAUCCAGCGCAUUUGUCUGGCCCGCGCGCUCGUGCGGCAGCCGAGUCUGCUCUUGCUCGACGAAGCCACGAGUGCGUUGCACCGCCGAUAA